AUGAGUAUUCAACAUUAUUAUAAACAACGAUAUCAAUUAUUCUCUUUGUAUGACAAAGGUAUUUUGAUGGAUGAAGAGGCUUGGUAUUCUGUAACUCCUGAAGCCAUUGCAAAACAUAUUGCUCAACGAGUUCAACAACGAUUAUUCUUUUUAAACAAACCUAUAAAAGUAUUAGAUCUUUUUUGUUGUGUUGGAGGAGACUCUAUUCAACAAGCAGUAGCUGGGAGUUUUGUUACUUCUGUUGAUUUUGAUCCAAUUAAAUUAGAGUUGCUUGAACAUAAUGCACAAAUUUAUGGUGUUUCUAAUAGAAUUAAAACAGUUAAUGAAGAUGCUUUUACAUUUAUUAAAAGAGUAAAUGAAGCUGAUUUUGAUGUUAUUUUGAUUGCACCGCCUUGGGGAGGACCAACAAAGUGUAGAAACAAACGGUCACUAAAUCAAUUAUUUGAUGGAUUGCAACAGUUAUAUCAAACUUGUGUUAAUAAAUGUCUAAAUGUUAUUCUUUAUUUACCUAAGGAUAUGGACCCUCAAGAUAUUAUUACUCAAAUAGAUUUUCCAUUUGAAAGAGUUGAAUAUUCUUUUGGAGAUCAUAAAGUGAUGCAAGUGUUAUUGACAGGGGCUCUGAUUGUUAAUUGA